GUAUUAUGAAGGAAAAGAAUUUGAGACUAAACUUAAAGAAAAAAAACCGGGACAACUUUCAGAAGAGCUUAAAGCAGCCUUGAACAUGCCACCACUUGCCCCACCUCCAUGGCUUAUCGCAAUGCAAAGAUAUGGUCCACCACCUAGCUAUCCUAAUCUGAAAAUUCCUGGAUUAAAUGCGCCAAUUCCAGAAGGGGCUCAGUGGGGAUUUCAUCCUGGUGGUUGGGGAAAACCUCCAGUAGAUGAGAUUGUACAACCUAUUGAACGCUCUUUAUGGGGUGAAUUAGAGGCAGAGGAAGAAGCAUUGCAAGAAGGACUUGCAACACCAAGUGGAAUUUCUAGUGUUCCUAGUGGUUUGGAAACUCCUGAAUAUAUUGAAUUGC